AUGAAAACCUAUUGGUUUUUGAUGUUUGGAUUUGUUCCAGGAUUACGUUUUACAUGUGCCAAAGGCAUGAAGGCUGCUAUGUGGUUUUUGUUAGUGGGAGUCCUUUUCUAUGUUGUCAGUUGUAACUUGGUGGACGUAGAUCUUAAUGUUGAUCGAAAAGAUUGGAAGAAUCCUUUGGAUCCAUUUUCGGCAAGUUCCGCCGGAAAGUCGGACUUGGUUUUGUGCAAGGAAAAGCUAGCUUCCUGCCAAAAGACUUGUGAAGUGUUCUACGUUGAUGCAAAGGCAGUAAUUCGUUUGAAUCGGGAGCAGGUAAACAUUUUGAGGAAUUAUUUGAAGACGAAUGAAGAGACACUGUCACAACGAGAACAGAUUCGUGAUAUCAUGGAAAAUAUUAUUGUUCAGUUCCAUAAUGGAGCCCCGGUGGCGCUGAGAGUUGCACUUGCUAAACUGAGUACAGUUGGAAAGACCCUGCGCGAAAAGAACAAAUUUGAGAAAAGUUCUGCGGCUAGGCUAACACCUGACCUUCUUAUUUGA